GACCCGCCGGUGACUCUGGACUCGUAGAAGCAGGGAUGUUUGCAGCGGUUGAGCUCGGGCCCGUCCUCUGCAGCGACUCCAGCAUCCUGUGUCUGUCCUGGAAGGGCCGUGUGCCCCGCAGCGAGGAGGAGAAGCCCGUGUGUAGGAGGCGCUGCUGUGAGGAGGGCUGGCUGGCCACAGGGAACGCCCGGGGGGUUGUGGGGGUCACCUUCACCUCCAGCCACAGCCGCAGAGACUGGCCCCCCCCGCAGCGCUCCAACUUCAACCUCCGGGGACACAACAGUGAGGUGGUGCUGGUGCGGUGGAACGAACCCUUCCAGAAGCUGGCGACCUGCGACACCGACGGCGGGAUCUUCGUCUGGAUCCAGUACGAGGGCCGCUGGUCAGUGGAGCUGGUCAAUGACCGAGGAGCUCAGGUGAGCGACUUCACCUGGUCUCACGACGGCAUGCAGGCGCUGAUCUCGUACCGCGACGGCUUCGUGCUGGUGGGCUCGGUGAGCGGUCAGCGCCACUGGUCAUCCGAGAUCAACCUGGAGAGUCAGAUCAGCUGUGGGAUCUGGACCCCCGAUGACCAGCAGGUGUUGUUUGGGACGGCGGACGGUCAGGUGAUCGUCAUGGACUGUCACGGGAGGAUGCUGGCUCAUAUCCUGCUGCACGAGGCCGAGGGCAUCACCAGCAUGUCCUGGAACUAUCCCAGCUUCCUGCUGGAGGACAGCGACACGGACGCAGACCAACACACGCCUCUGCAGGUGCAGCGUCUGAAGCCACUGUUGACCGUCUGCUUCACGUCUGGAGACGUCAGUCUGAUGAACAACUACGAUGACCUCUCGCCCUCGUUCAUACGCACCGGUCUCAAAGAUGUGGUGGUGCAGUGGGGCUCUCAGGGCGACCUGCUGGCUGUUGCUGGGACGGAGAGACUCGUGAUGACCUCUGACCCCACCCCAAACGCCACUGUUAGGUUUUACAAUGUUUGCGGUGAACACAUUUACUCACUGGAGACCCCUGCUCAGAGGCCGAUCAGUGCGCUGUGCUGGGCUCAUCGGGACUCUCGUCUGUUCCUCGCCAGCGGCUCGGUUCUGUACGUGCUUCGCGUCGAGCAUCGCGUGGCCAGUCUGCAGCUGCUGUGUCGUCAGGUGAUCACCAGCGCGGUCCACGAGGAGAAGGACCUGGUCAAACUCAGCAUGCCCUCUCGCCUGAGCACAUACGUGUCUUCUGCCUUCACCCCCACCAUUAAGCCCCCCAUCCCGGAUCCCAACAGCAUGCGGGACUUCGUUAGUUAUCCGACAUCAGGUAACGAGCGUCUGCACUGCACCAUGAAGCGCACCGAGGACAACCCUGAGGUCGGCGGGCCUUGCUUCACCCUGUACCUGGAGUAUCUGGGGGGGCUUGUCCCGAUUCUGAAAGGCCGUAGGAUUAGCAAACUUCGUCCUGAAUUUGUCAUCAUGGACCCAAAGACUGAUGGGAAAACAGAUGAAGUCUAUGGAAACAGCUUCAUCCCCUCCGUGAUUGACAGCUGCAAUUGCUCAGACUCUAGUGACAUUGAGCUCAAUGAUGAUUGGGUUGGAAAGAAGUCACCAAAGAUCUCCAGAGGGAGCAAGUCUCCCAAACUUCCCAGGAUAAAUAUAGAUCCCCGUAAGUCCCCCAAGCUCUCCCGCACCGCACAGGAAAUAUCCCGAUCGCCUCGGCUCCCCAUUCGCAAGCCCUCCAUUGGCUCUCCGAGUCUGAUUCGGCGGGGGUUUCCGCUCGAUGACAUCACACAGCACAAUUAUCUUGCGCAAGUUACAUCUAACAUAUGGGGAACAAAGUUCAAAAUUGUGGGGCUCGCAGCAUUUUUGCCAACAAAUCUUGGAGCAGUUAUCUACAAGACAAGUCUGCUUCACCUCCAGCCCAGACAGAUGACCAUCUACCUCCCUGAGGUGAGGAAGAUCUCGGUGGAAUACAUUAACUUACCUAUGUUUAGUCCUAAUGUCUUCAGUGAGGACGAGGAUGACCUGCCUGUCACAGGAGCAUCAGGAAUCACUGAUGAUAAUCCUCCUUGCACUGUUAACAUACCCAUCGCCCCCAUACACAGCCCCGCGCAAGCCAUGUCCCCCACCCAAAGCAUCGGCCUUGUCCAAUCCCUGUUAGCCAAUCAAAACGUCCAGUUGGAUGUGUUGUCCAAUCCAACAUCGACUGUGGCACCACCUGGGGCUUCUGACCAAGGACUCCAGGACACUGUGCUCAAUGCACAGUACACCGUUCCUGCCAGGUAUUCUAGUCCUGGACAGGUAAUCUUUGGAGGUUUGGAUGUUGGUCGGCUUUUAGUUGCACAAUCCCAGCAGCAGCUGCAACAACAUUAUCAGCAGCAGCAUCAACAGUUGUUGCAGCAUCAGCACAUGCAGCAACACAUGCAACAGCAGAUCCAACAGAUGCAGCAACAACAGCAAAUGCAGCAACAGCUUCAGCAUCAAAUCCAACAGCAGCAUCUGCAAAUGCAACUGCAGCAGCAGCACCAGCAAAUGCAGCAACAGUUGCAACAGCAGCAUCAGAUCCAAAUCCCUGUUCCAGCUUUGCCCUCAGGUCAACCAUCAUGCCCAGUCCUUCAGCUUCCGCAGAGUACCAUCCCGGACGUUCCCCCAACAGCAGAACAUGGAGCGGAGCAUGAGCUCCUGCUUAAAAUUAAAACGACUCAUUCUGCCCCACAACUGGCUGAGGGUGAUGCAGUGGUGUUUACUGCCCCUCUUGAGAUUAGCAAGAUGAAUCCUCCCCCUCCAUACCCGGGCAUAGUUUCCACUGCUGUUUCUACGAGUUGCACCUUGGGAAGCAGCUCCAGCCCUUCAUCCUCAGGGGAAGCUUGUCUAAAGAAAGGGGAUCUGACCUUGUAUCCACCUGGUGCACAGGCAGCUCAGUACCCAACCCCACUGGGCUACGAACGCAUCACCACAUUUGACAGCAGUGGAAAUGUGGAGGAGGUGUGCUGUCCCCGCACGCGACUCGUUUGCAACCAGAACCAGGGCCCGGGAAGCUCUGCCACCCUCAGGGUCUCAUCAUCUUCCUCUGCUGUGGAGGGGAAGAAGGUGCAGUUGCCCUACGCCUCAGCCACGUUGAACCGUCUCACUGUGCCAAGAUACUCUAUACCCAGCGGGGACCCGCCCCCUUACCCUGAUACAGCCAAUCAGGGUGGAGUGGGGCGGAAUCCUGGCCAGAGAUUGGACAGCAGCUUGAUUCACGCUACUUUGAGGCGGAACAGUCGUGACGCUGCGCUGAAGGUUUCUCAGAUGCUGGACCCCCAGAGGACCCUACCCUCGAAGGCAAAAGCCAGUGCUUUGUCUGCUUCCUACCAGCCGAGAGGGCCGACUGCUCUUUAUACAUGCAGUCAGUGCAGUAAUAACGGUGGUGUCAGCGCUGGGGCCACCAGCAGUGGGAGUAACGGAAUAGCUGGGGGGACGAUCAUUAGGCAAGAUUUCCCACCGACCGGAAGUGGUGCACCUCACAGCACCAUUAUAUUGCACUCCAACAGUGCCUCGCCUCUGCCUUCCCAGUCCUCCUACAGCCUGCUCAGUAUGGAUGGAGCCGGUGGAGUGUCUAGUGCAGGUGGAAACAGGGAAAGGGCUGACUAUGUCAACUCUGCCUUUACAGAGGACGAGGCAUUAAAUCAGUCUUUAAGGCAAAUGGCUCUUAAUACGGAGGUAGUGAGUUUAACAGUCAAACGGCCUCCACCGUAUCAAUGGGAUCCGUCUGCUACUGAAGAGAUCUGGGUUCCCCAAGAGCGUACAGCGACUCUGCCCACGUCUGGACCUCCUGCAUCCCACAAACCACCCCCACUCAUCCUCAGCCCUACACAGCAUCUGGACUUUUCCCGUCUUCCGUUUGUCCUCUCGCCUAAAUCUCCAACGAGUCCUAACGCUCCAACUUUCCAACCGGCAGGAACAUACCAGAUUGCACUGUCCUAUCCACCAAGUGCUGCCUACAAUGGUCCCCCACUUCAGACAGUGCAAGCUUCUCCACAUCCCACUUCUCCCAAAGAGGUGGUUACUCCUCUUCCCUUUUUCCAGCAGGACCAAGCAGUGGUUUUGCCACCCGGUUAUUCUCCCAACCUUGCUUGCUGUCCUCUCCCACCAAUGUACCCUGGGACAGCUUCUUGUUCUAAUCUGCCUGUGACUCCCAUUCCGCUUCAUCCAUGGGGUUCUUAUAAUCCCUGUCCACCCAUGCCAAGCCCCCCAGGUCCUGCCCCAUCCCUUCCACCAAAGACCUCCCACAUGCUGGAUAAGUCUGUUCUUUCUCCUCCCCCUCAACCACCUCCUCUACCUAUGCCUCCUCCAGACCUCCAGAGUCCCCCAGAAUCCAUCGCCGAAGCUGGGGAGAACGUUCAAGAGGUACUCUCACUUAACGAAAGCCCAGUUCCUCAAAGAGCAGACAGGUUUGGCAAGAAGAACCGCAAGCGUUUGGACAACAGUCGGGCAGAGGAAGCCAAUGUUUCGGCGAUCUCAGAAGGAGGCAACAAGUCUAAAAAAGAGGGCCGUGCCCUCAGUGACUUCAACUCCCUCAUCUCCAGUCCGAGGUUAGGCAGUCGAGACAAGAAGAAACCGAAAGGCCAGAAAGAGCAGCUGAAAGCCAAAAAGCUAAGCAAGUCCACCACAAACGAGUUCCAGGACAGCUCCGAGAGCGAGCCAGAGCUCUUCAUCAGUGGCGACGAGCUGAUGAACCAGAGUCAGAGCGGUAAAAAGAGCUGGAAAACAAAAAGGAACUUGCGGGCAGGAGGCUGUGAUCUGGAUGAAAUCAAAUGCCGAAAGGCGAAUGAGAAAGAAGACCGUGGCCUUGGCAGCCAAGGGUUCGUCUACAUCAUGGCCAACAAACAGCCUCUUUGGAACGAAGCCACGCAGGUCUACCAGCUGGACUUUGGAGGAAGAGUCACGCAGGAAUCAGCAAAGAACUUCCAGAUUGAGCUCGAGGGGAGACAGGUGAUGCAGUUCGGAAGGAUCGAUGGGAACGCCUACAUCCUGGACUUUCAGUCCCCCUUCUCAGCUGUGCAAGCUUUUGCUGUAGCACUUGCUAAUGUCACCCAGCGCCUGAAGUGAUCGACGGGGCUUGAACACUUCAG